ACAUAUAAUUCUUAAACCAUUUUAAACUCAACACAAAAUAUUGUUACUUACUUAUCAUAAAUGGAUACUCUUAAUUUCCCAAAGGAAGAAGAAGAACAACAAGAAGAAGAAGAGUUCCAAGGUAUAACAAAGAGUUGCAAGGAACUACUUUUAUCCCUUCCUAAAGUUAAAGGAUGGAGAACUCCAAAUCUCUACCUUUUUCAAAGUUUUUGGUGUCAACCCAAAGAAAUCCAAGCCAUAAUCUCAGCUCAAACCCACUUUGAAGCUCAAGACAGUGAUGUGAUCGUUGCUACUAUUCCAAAAUCCGGCACUACUUGGUUAAAAGCUCUUGUUUUCACGAUAGUAAAUCGAUGUCGAUUUGAUGUCAACUCCAUAGACCACCCCUUGCAAAGGUCUAACCCACAUGACCUUGUACCAUUCUUAGAGUACAAGGUUUAUGCAAAUAACCAAGUUCCAAAUUUAUCAAAUCUUGAUUCUCCGAGGCUUUUUGCAUCUCAUGUACCUUACAACUCCUUGCCUAAAACCAUUAUUAAUAACUCUAAUUGCAAGGUUGUUUACAUAUGUAGGAACCCUUUUGACACUUUUGUAUCAAUUUGGCAUUUUAUGACUAAUAUUAGGCCUAAUAAUCUUGGGCCUUUCUCAUUAGAAGAGGCCUUUGAUAUGUAUUGUAUGAGUCAAGUAGGAUAUGGUCCAUACUGGGAUCAUAUGUUGGGUUACUGGAAGAAAAGUCUGAAUUCACCUCAAAAGGUUAUGUUUUUUAAAUAUGAAGAUCUGAAAGAGGAUGUGAAUCUUCAAGUUAUGAGAUUAGCCGAAUUUUUAGGGUGCCCUUUUUCAGCACAAGAGAAGAGAGAUCAUGUUGUCGAGGAGAUUACAAAGUUGUGUAGUUUUCAAAAUAUGAAGAAUUUGGAAGUUAACAAAGAUGGAAAAUCUAUUCUAAACUUUGAUAACAAGGGCUUAUUUAGGAAAGGUGAGGUGGGGGAUUGGGUUAACCUUCUAAGCGAGGAAAUGGUUGAAAGAUUGAGUCAAACCAUGGAUGAAAAGUUGGCUGGUACUGGCUUGGAGUUUCCAAACAUAUUGAAGUCUUAGAGUUUGAUGGUUUAUAAUUUGUUUGUGUAUCUUUAUGUUUUAAAAAUUUGCUUAACAUGUGUUUGUACUAUCUGUAAACUACUUAGGUUGUCUUAUCUUAUGCCCUAUUUCACCUUUAUAUGAACUAGUUUUGGGUUCAACAGAUAUUAUGUAUUGUUGAUUUGAUUUGGAAUUCAUAUUUUGACUAGAAGGUCAAUCUGUUUUAGCUAUUGUCAUCAUGAUCUUAGUUACUUAUAUGCAUUUCUCUCUUCUUCAAAAUGAUGUACUUUACUAGUUUUAGUACUCCCUCCGUUCCCAUUUGUUUUUUACAUUUCCAUUUAGGGUGUUUCUUUUUAUUCUUUACAUUUAGGAUAUUUCCUUUUUAAGUCAUUGAUUUUAGACAAAAUUACCCUUGCUUUACAAAUUAAACACUCAAUUGCCCUUCACUUUUCAUGUGCAUAUGUACCUUUUAUAAUAUUUUAAUGGAUUUUCAAUACUCAUAAUUACUUUCUCUCUCAUCU